AUCGGUUACCGAGGAGAAAACCCCCGGUGUGGCUUUCUCUACUGCGAUCAGAUACUGCUGGCUGACAGAAGUGGCUGAGCCAGUUAUUUCCACACAGCUUUAAAGAGUGGAAGUGACGCCAGGCGCUCAAAGAAGAGCUGAAGACAUGGCAGAUACAGCAGCUGUAGAAGUAGCUCCUCUCCCCAAACAGCAGCAGCAGCAGAACCUGUGUCAUGUCUGCUCAGGUAAACUGAGCGAGGGGGAGCCGGCAGCUUGUGGUCACUCCGUAUGCGGUUCCUGUCUCGGAGACAAAAGUAAAGGAUGUCCACAGUGUCCCGUCAAGCCUGGCAGUCCCAAACAGAAUGGAACAGCUGACGCUCAUGUAAAUAAAAACAGUGAGGAACAGAGUCAAGAGUCAACGACAGCGGAGGAGACUGAGAUCCAAAAAGACCUGAAUCAGUCCGAGGACCCCAAGAAGCCUGAAGAGGACAAAAAGGAAGCAGAACCACAGACAGAAGAAGGACCAAAAGAGGACCAGGAUAAGGAGGAACCUUUGGGCCCCGACGAUGUGGUAUGUGACUCUUGCAUUGAAAGCCCCCGCAGGGCCCUCAAGUCCUGCCUCACCUGCUUGGUGUCGUACUGCGAGGCCCAUCUCAGGCCUCACCUGGAAAAUCCAAAAUUUCAAAACCAUCGGCUCGUGGACCCGCUCAGGGACAUCGAGAGGCGGACCUGCGAGAGCCACAAGUGGCCCCUGGACCUGUUCUGCUCCACCGACUCCUGCUGUAUCUGCCAGGACUGUGUGAACGAGGACCACAAGGGGCACAACACCGUGUCUGUGGUGGACGCUCGUAAUCAGAUCGAGAACGAACUGAGGGAGAAACAGAAUGAGAUGAUGAAGACGAUGACGGCGGCAGAAAAUGCCAUCAACAAACUUCAGCUCAAUACAGUCUCCAUUGAGCAAUCUGUGAAGGAUGUACGAGCAGUGAUCGAGAGCCAGUUUGAGGAGCUGCAAGCGGUGGUGGAGAGAGCCAAGAAGGAGGUGACGGAGAUCUUGGAGGGUGAGGAGAAGCAGGCACUGCAGCAAGCCGAGGGCAUUCGGGUUCACCUGGAGCAGAGGUGCACAGAUCUGAAGAAGACUCAGGUGCAGAUGGAGAAGAUUUCCAAGAACAAAAAUGAUGUGGAUUUCCUGCAGGAAUACGCAGAGUGGAAAAAAGAAGCCACUGAUAUCUCCCUGCCUGGUGUCUACAUCGGCUUGAUGGACUGUCUGAAUCACUUCAGCCGUGUGAUUGUUGACUCCACGCAGGAGCUCUGUGCCUUGCUGGUGUCUUCAUACAUAGGCAAAGUCAAAGAAACGUGCAAAAGCGACAAAGUGGGAAUAAAGACAACAGUAAAGGCUAUUGUUGCAGCAAAACACAUCAAGUCUCUUCCAGAUCCGGUGACACGGGCGGACUUUCUAAAGUGUUCUCCCUCCAGUCGGAAAUGCCCGGGCAUGCUUACCUAG